AUUUCAGUCACAGACAGAAACUGAUAUCUCACAGUUCCAAAACCUAGCCAUUCUCUUGAAAAACUCCGGUGACUAUGGCUAUCCCGGUGAUCAUGGUGGCUCUCGUGAUCGUGAUGACUCCUCUUGUCGUCGGCCUUCUAUGCACAGCUCACCUUAUCUCGGCGGCCAAGCUUAUCCACCGGAACCACCGUGAUCAUCGCGAGAUCCUUCACCGACAUCACGGGGUUGCUCACCCUAUCGAGGCGGUGGAGAUCAUUCAGGAGCAUGGGGGCGAUGCUCAGCCUCAGCCUUUGCAGGUGGUGGAGGUAGUACACCGGCUGCACUGGGGCCAUCACUUGAUGAACAUAACGGAGAUGAUUCACCAGCAACCCAUGUUGUGGCUCACAGGUUCAAACUAAGGCAACCCCUAAUGAGAAGAGAGCGAAGAAUUGUUAAGACAUAUGUAUACAUAUGGGGCGUUGCCACGCGUGAUGAGAGCUAGCAAAAGUUGUGAAGCAGCAUAUAUAUAUAUAUAUAUAUAUAUAUAUAUAUAUGUAUAGUGGGAUUAACAUAUCUGAGUUUGCACUUAGCUAGGUAUGUGAUUUAUUAAUGCUCGAUUGCUCGUGAAUGACUUUGUGCGCGCGUGUGAUCGCGUCUUCCAGGCCAGACUUUAAGUGUGCCUGAUGAGGGAGAACGUAAUUGUAUAUAUUUUCUGAAAGUUUUAUAGAGUAAAAUAAAGUUUUAAA